UACGUUCACGUUGAUCGUUUAUUUCUGCAGGAACAGUUUGUAGUAAGGACUUUACCCCUGAAGUUGGAUACAUAAGAGUAUCAGUCUGUGCUAUUCGCACUAAUACGUUAGAUUUUAGGCCAAAUAUAUCCCCAACAGCACAAACUCGAAGGCGUUCACAAAACUACAGCUAUAUUCCGUUCGGUUCGCAUUUAUGAACUACUACAUUUCUACGAACUCUGGCUGUUCGGCGUAAAGUACAAACCCUUAGCAUGUCUUCUACUGUUCAUGAAAACGUGAAGAAUUAUUAUGGCUCUCGGCUGGAGACUUCAGAUGACUUACAGACCAAUGCUGCGUGUUCCAUGCCCUCCAGAACUCUGCCCAAGAGUGCAUGUGAGGCCCUGAAACAAGUCCACCCAGAUGUUUGCAAGAGGUAUUUUGGCUGUGGGCUGGUGAUUCCAGAGAAGCUGGAAGGAUGUGCGGUUCUUGAUCUGGGCAGUGGAUCAGGCAGAGACUGCUACGUCUUCAGCAAACUGGUGGGGGAGAGAGGCCAAGUCAUUGGGCUGGAUAUGACUGAUGUGAUGAUAGUUGCCUCGCAAAAAUAUGUCCAGUACCAUCAGGAGAAGUUUGGAUACUCAAAACCAAACACGGUGUUUGUGAAAGGAUACAUGGAGAAGCUCAGUGAUGCAGGGAUACAGAACAACUCUUUGGAUGUAGUUGUGUCAAACUGUGUGAUAUGUCUGUGCCCAGAUAAGAGGACUGUGAUAAGUGAAGCUUACAAAGUUUUGAAGGAGGGUGGAGAGUUGUACUAUAGUGACAUGUAUGCAAGCAAAGCAGUUCCAGACUCUUUCAAAGAAGAUCCAGUUCUGUGGGGUGAGGGCAUGGCCGGCGCCCUCUACUGGCGGGAUCUCAUCACUCUGAUGAAGGACAUAGGCUUCAGCACUCCCCACCUGGUUGCAGGCAGUCACAUUGUGGUCCACAACCCAGAACUUCAAAGAAAGACUGGUGAUGUUAAAUAUGCAUCUGGAACUUACCGGAUCUUUAAAAUACCUCAAAACUCCAUCAAGACCAAAGCGCUUGUGACCUAUAAAGGCACCGUGCCUGACUGUGCUGAAUGUUUUGAGUUUGAUGCCUCUCAUUACUUUAAGACCAAUGUUCCAGUGGAGGUGGGUGCUGAGAUGGCUGCCAUUCUCCAGAACACCCGUUUCUCUACGGACUUCAAUAUUUCAAUGUUAGAAACUACAGGUCUGAACCAGAGCAGUACUCCACAGUAUUGCCACCUUAGCCCGUUCCUUCUUGCGGAUAAACUGGGCUCCUCAGUCAAACAGUGCUCGAAGACCGGACACUAAGGUACAUGUGGAGAGUCUGGUGGAUCAUGUGAUGUCUAGAUCACUUGAGAUGAUGUGAUGGGAAGUGAGAGUAUAGGAUGUCUUUAGUGCUCAAGUUUUCUUUAGACUUGAGGAAGUUAUUUGUCCUGUUAAUUGUAAAAUGACUUUUAAAAAUGCCAGCAGCCUCAACAAUAAACAACAGUAAUAAUUAUUAAAAUAUUAAUUACAGUGUGCAAAGUUAUAGACUUUUUAUUCAAGACAAAACUAACCAAGAUCUUUGUCAAUGUCGUAGUUCUAUUUUCUUGUUUUUGUGCUCUAGUUGUUAAAUGUUUUAAAAGCAAAUUUUACUGGCCUCUAUUUCUUUGUCCCUUAUAAGAUAUUAAACUCAAUUAAACUCAAAGUAUUGGCACUUGUUUUCUAUUCUGUAUGAAAUAAGGCGGUGCUGAUAUUGAUAUCGAUACACAAUCUCUCAUUACUCUGUUAAAUUAAUCUCUCAGCAGCACAAAUUAUUUUUGAAUUUUUCUAGAUGACUUCUUGUUUCAGUUGAUUUAGUACCAAGCUUAUUUUGUUAAUUUCACA